AUGUUUGAAAGAUUGAAAGAGGCUAUCAAGGACCAUCGCGACCGCACGGGCACGAGGACCGGUACAAUCCUCGAGAGCGGGUUGAUCACAGCUGUCAGUGCGGGAGCUGCGGGCUCAGUUGCGGCUGUCGUCACGACGCCUAUCGAUGUGGUCAAGACCAGGAUUAUGCUCUCUGCCGUCGAUGACGCGGUUCAGGAAGUCUCGUCGCAGCAGAAGAGCGCUAAAGCGAGCUCAGAUGGCUUAGUGGAUGCUUUCGGUAAGACUGUCGAGUCCUCGAAGGCUACAGCAAAGAGUGCUGUAAAAAGCCUAAAUCCACUAGUCAGCUCAGAGGAGAAGGGUAAAAAGAAUCACCGCUUUGUCGUCGAUUCGACAUUCAACCCCAACUGCACGCUUACACCACCUCAACUCUCAAACUUUGCCGUAUCCACCAUGGGUUCGCUCACCCCCCGCCCGUAUGGCGGGUCGAGCUCGAUGCCGCUCUUGCCAAGCUACACGGAGGGCGAGGCAGAACAAGACCACGCGAUGGAGAUCUCGUGGGGACAAGUGCUGCAAGACAUUCAACUUUCGCCAGGCUACCAGCUACUAUUCAAGAAUACCGGUUUCAUACCUUCUCAACCUCGUCGAAAUGCGAACAGCGAACCUAGGGACUCCCAAUUGGUGGCUGGACGUGGUGAGAACUCCACGAGCUCACCUCGAUCAGACGAGACCAUCAGAACAGGCGAUGGUCUGGAGUCUAGCGGUGUCGCAGUAGCGCUGACCCGACCGCACAGUCGGCAAUAUGAGUUGAUUUCCCCAUUUGAUGGCACGCAAAGUUUGGGUCAUAAUUCGGUACCGCAACUCAGCGCCUGCGCUCCCGUCUUUCAACCCACGGUUCAAACGGGCAACGUCGCUGUCGUUGAGCGUACAGACACGCCUCAAGAGUAUCCCAUCGUAUAUGGGCCAAAUCUUCCGGACCUGCGAGGCGAUGCAGAUAAGCACGAAUUCACUCACAAUCAUCUCAAAUCAUCAACGCUAUCUGCUAUUGGAGAUUCUAAUCUAGACUCUCCUCUCAGCAACAGGCCGAGUGGAGACAUAAUUGGCCGCUUAAGCCUUGGACAAGGUGCACGAGACGUCUCUCAAACCAUGCCCAAAGUGCGAGGAAAUCUACACCAGCGGCGGGUAUCGAGCAAAUUCUCCUUCGUGCCUGUCCUCCCAUCUCCUCUCGGCCCAGGCCACUUCACAGAUGACCUGGGCUCAGACUUUUCGGGCCUGGUAUCUCCCGCUCCGGCGGCAACACCGUUGCUACGUCCUCCGAACCCACAUUGGCAUACCGCCCAGGGGCCUCGAACGGCAACACCGACCCCGUCAGCGGUCCCCUUCUCCUGGGCGCAGAGCACGCCGGUAAGCUACUCGCCGUUCGACACCAGCCCUGCCAGCGACCCAUUCGUCGAACACCACCCUCCAAUCCCAUCGUCAUCAAGCUACACGCCCCUUCGACGUCGUGCUCCCACUCCUCAGACGCCCCAGUGUCACGACUCCUUCCAACAUACGCUUCUACACCCCGUGACUGGCGACUCCUCUCACUCCCCAACCCUCAUACCACCUCCACCCUUUAUUCCCAAUCUCGCCGUCUCCCUCGCCGAACCCAGUCCUUCCUCCCGCGCCCGUCUCGACGCCCAAAAGGUGUUGCGGAAGGCGUGGAUCGAGUCUAAAACCCACCACCUCGCCGCCACCAUGCGCGCCGCCGUCCUCGCAAAACACCAGCACGAACGCACGCAAUCCCCCGCCGACUACGAAGCUUGGAUCUGCGCGCAGGCACUCUUCCAGGAAGCGUGGGACGUCGACCGUCUGACCGAAGAGCGGAGGAAUUUGACGCUGCCGGACGGUAUGAGGGCACUGAAGACGGGACCGGGGACUUUGCCAUGUGACAGGCCUUGUGAUGGAAUGGGCGAGGAAGAAGGUGGUGUUUUGGGAUUCAAGAUGGCGCUUAUGGAGAGGAUUUGUGCAGAGGUGGUGGUGAAGGAGGAUGCGUGUGUGAUGGAGGCGGAGUAUUUGAAUGAUGGUGAGAGAAGGAUUGUGCGGAAGGCUGUGAUGAUUGAUGUUGCGAGAGGUGUGGAGAAGAGGCUGGGGCGUCAGAUGCGGUAA